AUGACAUCAAUAAUUACAAUUCUGAUAAUAGAAUUGAUUGAAUGUGUGUUCGGAGUUAAUUAUGUUGAUGUCAAGAAUUAUAAUAUAUCUCUUGGAGUUAAUGUGUUUCAUGGGAGAUUUGACAAAGAUUGCAAAUAUUUUAUGUUUGUUGGUGAUUUGGAACCCAUUACUCAAUUAAGAUUCGGAAAUGAAUUGAUAUUUCCAAGUGAUACAGGUUCAAAAAAUUAUAACCUAUUUGUUGAAAUGUUCAUAAAAAAUAACAUUAAGCUGGUAUCAUUUUAUGUCCACACAUUUCAUAAAGGAUUAUUGAAAGAAGUAAAAAGAAAGGUCAUCAGCAUAUCUUAUGACACAUACAGUUAUAUAGGUAAUGAAGAAUUUAUGUACAAUAUCGAUAAACCAAUUUUAGUUUCAGUUGAUAUAGGACCAAAACCAAAACAUCCAUUUAUAAACAGGUUGAUUUCUGAAUAUCCUACCUCUUUCGUACAAAUAUUCGGAUUUACUUGUGUUUACAAAGGUUUUACAUUAGAUGGUAAAUCAGGUCCAAGAUAUAGGUUUGGAUAUGUUUACGAUUCGGAUCAUCCUGCUCUUGUAGGUUACACAAUGUAUCCAUAUUUAAUUGAAGAAUGUUCUGUCAUCAAAAUUUAUAAAACGUACUUUAAUUAUGAAAAUCGAUCUAAUCCAAAUUAUGAGAGUUCUUGGGUUCAACUAUAUGAUAAAAAUCAACAAAAAUAUGAAUUGAGGCCUAUAUUAGGUAAAGAAUAUUGGUUUUUAAGAAAUUACAGUGAUGAAAUAAAAUCAGAUGCAGUAAUUUGUAGUGCAAUAAAUCUAUACAAAAAAUAUUCGAAGCAUGGUGGAAUACCAUUGGUAACAUUGGACAUAUCAGAGCUUGCUAGUCCCGAAAUAUUUGGAAUUGAAAAAGUUACAGGAUCGAUGGCUAAUAAUUGGACUUAUAAAUUAUACAAGUUGAAGAAAGAAUUUGAAAAAUAUUGUAAAAUAAGAACGGUCAUUGAUCCCACAAUCAAAAUAAGAAACAUUUUUAUUCAAAAAAAGAAAUAUUAUAAAUACAAUGUAGAAGUGUAUAGAAAUAGUGAAAAAACAUAUGUGUAUAAUAGUUUUAAUGAAUAUUAUGAAGAAAUAGUUUCUAAAGAUUUGAAAAUAUUCAAAAAAACAAAUGAAGAAAAAUACGAUGAAAUACAUAUUAAUGAUUAUCCAAAAACAGUUAAAAUGAUGAAAAAGUGGUAUCCGAUAAAACUAGAUGUUACAGUAGAUGAAGAACAACCAUCUUUAUUUGAGAAGAAGGAAAUAUCAAACAAAGAAUUGACAAUACAUCAUUUUUCAAUCAAUGAAACUAAUGAUUUCGGAGAAUCCAUAUUGAAUAAAUAUGUGUUUGGGCGAGUUUUUAGAACGACUAGUUUUGAAUUAGGUAACAUACCACAGGAACCUUUUAGAAAACACAGGGUGAUGAUUGUUGGAGACAUAAAUACGAAUAAAUUUAUAGUAAGGAACAAAUCUACACUUGAUAAUUUGAGCACACCACAAUAUCAGUUGUUCCGACUAAGAAUAUAAUAAUCAUAAUUACACACUCAUCAUAUUUGUUAUUUUAUAGUUAGUGUAAUAUAUAAUAUCUGUGUUUGAUUUGUUGUACAAUCUGAGUAUAGGGAAUCCUUGAGUGUAUGUUGUAACUGCAGUUUUUUAUAAUUUAUUACAUAUUUUGCAAUGGAAUCAUUUCUCAAUUUUCCAAAAUCGAAUUAUAUGAACUUAGACUCAAAAUGUAUGGUAUCGAUACAAUGAGAUGGAGUAGAAUACAACACAUGGAGAUAUCAGAUUUAGGCAGAAGUUAAUUUGCACAUAAUCACACACAUUCCCUAGUUAUGCUAUAAAAUACACACAAACGAUAUUAAACAUAAUUUAGUUCAAGUUAUCUAAAAUAUACAUUUUUCAUAACCCAUUAUAAUGGUGUUUAUCAGAUCACACAAUACCUGAGAUUUCUGAUUAAGACAUAAAUAUUACAAUGAAGUGAGAUCUACAAAUCUAAAUAAUGGAAAGACCAAUUUUAGCCAUUGUUUUUGAAACACAUAUAUUUAAGUCGGAUCUAUAUCAAAUGUUUGUCAUUUUACUGACUUUCAAC